AUCACUUUUAUCACAUAGUGAUCAAACGGUAUAUAAAGGUCUUUACAAGUUGUAAUUUGAACGAGUCUUGCUAUUUUCUCAUCAGCAGUACUCAUCCGCACAAAAUGAAAUACCAAUUUGUAUUAUUCGUCACCCUCUUGGGUUUAAUAACGAUUCAAACAACCUCAGCAAGAAUAAUUGACCCCAGUGAAAAUGAUCCUAUGCGAGUAAAAUGGUUCCUCUACGAAGACAAAAAUGGCGUCAUUCAUAACGAAACUCUUAUGAAUCCACGUGCCCCGAUCCGCAAAGGCGAUAUCACUGACGUGAAACUACUUCUUUACACCCGAUCCAACCCAGAUGAAUACGAAUUAUUGGACCCUAUCAAUCUCAACGACAUAGUCUCAUCAAAAUAUUUCAAAAGCAGCCGCCCUAGCGUAUUUAUCAUCCACGGUUGGAACAACGAAUGGUCUAGCCCGAUAAAUCAAAUUAUACUCACCGCCAUGUUGGAAACGCAGGACGUCAACGUCUUCGUAGUCCACUGGGGUGAAAUCGCCAACAAAUUCUAUACCACUGCCAAAGCAGCUAUUCCCGGAAUUGGAAUGGACCUCGGUUUCUACAUCGACGACAUGAUGAACCACUUCAAAUUGUCUCCCAAAGACGUGAUGCUCAUCGGUCACAGUCUUGGUGCUCACGUGGCAGGCGCUGCUGGUGCCGCCAUGAUGCACAAACCACAUCUUAUCGUUGGUUUAGACCCUGCAGGACCAUUGUUCAGUUUGAAGAAGCCUGAACUACGUCUGGAUGAAACCGACGCAGAACACGUUCAUGUUAUUCAUACAUGUGGCGGAUUCUUGUCUUUCAAAUCGUCACUGGGUCACAGUGACUUCUUCCCGAAUGGUGGUUCCCGACAGCCCGGAUGCGGCUUAGAUAUCAUUGGGACGUGCGCGCACAGUCGUUCGUAUAAAUACUACGCAGAAUCUUUGCGACACUGCGCCUUCAAGGCUGUUGCUUGCUCAAGUUAUCAUGACUUUGAAGACGGCAUGUGCGAUAACAACCCGGCUUCAUUGCUGGGUUGCUUUAAAGUAGACAAAGUAGCAAAUGGAGACUUCUUUUUAACGACUAAUGACGAUGAACCUUUUGUUGUGACGAGCCAAUAAUCCUACAGGAAACAUAUAUUACUAUAUAUCUUGAUUUUUAUAAAAUUCAUACACCAAAUCUUAUUUAUACUGAAUAAACAUAUCUCAAUUUUUAA